AUGUCUUCUCACCAUGCGCACGACCGCGACGUCGACCUAGACGACGAACACCUUGACCCACGGAACCCCUACGCGUCGGGUACGAGAUGGCGCCAUGAGGAAUCGAGUUCAUUUCGCAAACAUGCGGGUCAGACGCUUCAGCCAAGAGCCCCGGAUGGAAAGAGCGGGACCCACGACCUAGCCAGCUUUCUGCACUCAACCAGGGUCCCCUCCAACGAUGGUACAAAAGAUGGCGGGAGUCCAACUGGCUCUGCUGUUGCUGGCAAGACACAUCACCCCAUCAUGAUCGACGGCAACGAGGCCGCAGCCGCGGGCGAGCCGCAAAAUGCCGUUGACACCGACUUCGCGCACGCCGAGCCCCAGGACGGAAGGACCGUCGCAUGUGGGCCUCUGCUUAAUUACAGGCGCAUGGAAGGGAACCACUGGGUCGGCAGCGUCCUGAUCGUUACCAAGGGUGGCGGCAGGACGCAGGAAUUUGUGCCGACUUUGGUGUUGCGGAGGGUUGGCGCGAGGCAGAGAUCCCAAGGCGCCGGCCCCAGCGCUACAACCAACGGAGAAACCAAUGGACAUGUGAAUGGUGCAUCAGGUACAGAGAUACAGGGAAUAUGUCUGUACUCCGACCCCCGUAACACUUUCUGGCGCUUCGACCUCAUCGCCGAGAUGGAGGCGGUCGAGGUUCAGUGGGAAUACACCCUCCCUGGAACGCGUUUCGUCAGCCAGCAGAAGCCGCAGACAAACAGCUUCUUCGUCCCUGCCAUUACGGAAUCCAUGCGAAUCAUGUUUCACUCCUGCAACGGGUUCUCUGUGGGCACUGACGAGGAUGCUUGGAGCGGUCCCGCCCUCUGGAACGAUGUCAAUAGGCGCCAUGCUGAAGCACCAUUCCAUGUCAUGAUCGGCGGCGGUGACCAGAUUUACAACGACGGCAUCCGGGUCAAUGGCCCUCUCCGACAGUGGACAGAGAUUGGAAACCCCAAGAAGCGCCGCGACUAUCCGUUCCCUGAACAGCUACGCGCCGAGUGCGAUGACUAUUAUCUCAAAAACUACAUCCGUUGGUACGGAACAGAGCCGUUCGCUACUGCGAAUGGUCAGAUCCCAAUGGUUAAUAUAUGGGAUGACCAUGAUAUCAUCGAUGGGUUUGGCUCCUACGUCAACGAAUUCAUGAAAUGCGACGUAUUCCGCGGUAUCGGUGGUUGUGCCCACAAGUACUAUAUGCUGUUCCAGCAUCACAUGCCACCACCACCAUCGACCUACACCUCGGACGCGCCUCAGACAGUGACUGAGCCAGGCGAUGGCCAAGCGACCGGUAUCGAUAGAAACCAACUUAUUGACACGUAUGUUGCUGAGCCCAUGCGUGAGUCCAACUAUAUCGUUGGGCCCAAGCCCGGCCCGUACGUGGCUGAGCACUCCCACAACAUAUUUGCCAAGCUGGGCGCAAGGAUAGCGCUCAUAGGAAUCGACGCGCGUACCGAGCGCACUCGGCACCAGGUUAACUAUCCGGAGACAUAUGAUUUGAUCUUCGGCCGGCUGAGCCAGGAGCUGCAGGACGCGCAAGCCGCUGGCACGCCCAUCAGGCACGUGAUACUGCUGUUGGGCAUCCCAAUUGCGUACCCACGGCUCACGUGGCUUGAGAACGUUUUCAGUAGCCCUAUCAUGGGCCCCAUCAAAUUCGCCAACCGAAGGUUUGGGCUAGGCGGUGGUCUAUUCAACCACUUCGAUGGAUCGGUCGAUCUUUUGGAUGACUUGGACGAUCAUUACACUGCUCGAACCCACAAGAAGGAGCGAAACGCUAUGGUCGAGCGGUUCCAAGAAAUAUGCAAACAAUUCUCUGUCCGCAUAACCAUUCUCGGUGGAGAUGUUCACUUGGCAGCUCUUGGCCGCUUCUAUUCCAACCCCUCGCUCAACAUUCCGUGCGAGAAUGACUAUCGCUACAUGGCAAACGUUGUCUCAUCUGCGAUUGUGAACAAACCCCCACCCCAGGCUAUUGCGAAUCUGCUCGCCCGCCGCAACAAGAUCCACCAUCUCAACCCAUCGACCGACGAGACCCUCCUGAAACUCUUCGACAAGGACCCGGGCGACUCCAACAAGACGGCCAACCAUAACCAAGUGACCAUGCCAAGCCGCAACUUCGCCAUGCUCACCGAGAACUCCCCCAACAACCCGCCCAGGGAACGGCCCGUUACCCAUUCGACCAACGGGGCGGCGGAGCAACCCAACGGCAACGAGGCCGCGUCCGUCAGCGGGCGCAUCUCCGUCAAGUCCAAGGACGCCCACCUGCCCAUCCACCUGGGCGAGGUCGAAUGCGGGACGAAGCACAGGGCGGCGUCGGCGCACGACCACGGCCAGGAGAACGACGGGAGCCUGGACAUCUGUAUUCGCGUGGAGAUCGACCAGCACGAUCGCGAGGGCAAGACCGAGUCCUACGGGCUGACGGUGCCUGCCUUGACUGUGACGGCCUGA